AUGGAUCCUUCAGAAUUUCCUUUUGAUAUUGAAGCUUACAAAAAACAGUCUGAAAUUGAAGAGAGAUAUAUCGUUAAUCUGUUUAGAGAGCGUCGACAAAAAAUUGCUGAAGACCAAACACCUCGUAGCAAGAGAAAAUACUUCAAAAGAGAAUUACGUGAUUCAAAUGUACAUCACAAAUUGCAAGCAGAUGUAGUCAAACACAUAUGGGCAAAAUUUGGGAUGUUCUAA